ACAAUCGAUAAAAACAAGUGUCAAAUCAUUAUUCAAUGCAUAAUAAAGUGAUUGGAAUAAAGAUUCAGUUUUUCGAAACAUUUACGAGAACAAGUUGCUCGAAAAUACUAAACACUGAUCUUAUUUGAAAAGUAAAUUUAAAUUUUCGAAAUGCUCGUACGUGACGUAAUUUUCUUAAUACUGUGGAGUGUCUCAGUGCAAAAUGUAGUCGGAGAUACAGUAGACUUUUCUAAAAUGGGAAUAAGGCGUCUAAGAAGACCUUUUCUGAGUAGUUCAAGCAUAACACAUCUCGAUUUAUCGAACAACUAUAUUUGGAAUAUUGAAAGUAGAGUUUUUGAUGGCCUGCCAAAUUUGGUUCACUUGAAUUUAACGAAGAAUAUAUUUCCUUUCUCAGAAUUGAGUUUUGAUAAUAAUUCAGCAAUUGAAAUUUUAAUUUUGGACAAUGCAGUUGUCUCUUACUGGAAUUAUUUUGAUGCCAAUGAUUACAUCAAACAGUUAGAGCCACUUGAAGACGAGUGUAAUGUACUGACUAUGUUCGAAACUGCAAAUGAUUCAUCGCCUGAUAUUAUAUUUACAAAAUCGUUUUCUUUACCGAAGUUGAAACACCUUUACUUGCGUAAAAAUGGGAUAUUUUCAGUACUUGUAAAUGAAACGAAUUUACUGGAUCAACUAAUGCCAGAAAUUACUCAUAUAUAUCUUACAAAUAAUAAGAUAAGAUUUAUCAACAUUACAAAGAAUAUUCCUAUGACUUUAACGCAUUUAUACUUGGACUAUAAUGACUUGAGGGAAUUUGACGUCGAUAAUUUGAAUAAUCUGGAAGUUCUAGCCCUCGAUGGAAAUCCGAUCAAAAAGUUUUGUGGCAUUGAAAAUCCCUGCGAGGGACUUAAUAUUAAAUAUGCUUUUAAUUUGAAAAUUUUGACAGUCUCACAUAUGAAACUCGAAAAAAUAGAAGCAGAUGCGUUUAAAUUUUUGGGCCAUCUCGUCGAGUUAGAUAUGUCUCAUAAUAAAAUUUUAUAUUUUCCCGCGCACGCUUUAGAAACUUUAUUAGACCUGAAGACAUUCCGACUAGAUAAUAAUGAACUUUCAAAUCUACCUGACAUCUGCAGCUUAAAAAAUUUAGAAAAUUUUUCAAUAUCAAAUAAUAACAUCAGUAGUAUAAGCGAAUCGGAAUUUUGUAAUCUGUCGAAGAUUAAAAGAUUAAAUUUGAGUAGUAACAGUUUAGACAAAAUUCCUGCUGGAAUAUUUGACAAAAUGACUUCACUUGAAGAACUGAAUCUUUCGAAAAAUAGAAUCGUUACUUUGCCAGACAAUUGGAUUUCAUCUGAAAUAAAUUUACAAUAUUUAUACCUCAAUGAUAAUUUAUUUCCAAAUUUUUCAAGUUUAUCAUUAGCCUCAGAAAAAAACAUUAAAUUCCUCGCUAUUGGGGGCAAUUAUUUCAACUAGAAGAAUGCAAUAAUUACUUUUGAAAAUAAAGGCAAUGGAGGCUCAGAUAUCUUAUCGCCAAUUAAAGAAUUCAUCAAGAGCUCGUGAUAUUACUAUACAUAUAUCAACUGAUAUUAUAACUCAUACUCAUUUUUUUUAUUACUAUUGUAUAUUGUAAUUUAUUUUCUAUGCCCUUCACACAGUAAAUAAAUAAUAUAU